GUGCUGAACAAUUAUGCACUCAUGCAAUUUUUCAAGCAGAAGAGAGAGGAACUGCACCGAAUGUCCGCCUUGAACGCCACCCAGACGAAGAAGAUGCUGGCGGAAAUGGAACUGAGAAGGGAAUCGGAACUUAACAAAUCCGACGUGAAAAGCCCGACCUAUACAAAAGACCUCCUGGAUCAGAAAAUGGAAGAGCUCAGGAUGUUUAAGGAGUCCAAGAGAAGUAGCGUGAAAAUCACAGCAACAAGAGCCCAUUUGGCCGAAGUCGAAAAGCAGCUGGAGCUGGGGAAGAGGUCGGCAGCUGGCGAAGUCACCUCAACUCGGACGAGGGACCUCCUAGACAAGAAGCUGGAAGAGCUCAGGAUGUUGAAGGAGUCCAAGGCAAGUAGCGUGACAAUCACAGCAACAAGAGCCCAGUUGGCCGAAGUCGAAAAGCAGCUGGAGCUGGAGAAGAGGUCGGCUGCUGGCGAAGCCACCUCAACUCGGACGAGGGACCUCCUGGACAGGAAGCUGGAGGAGCUGCGACUGAUGAAGGUGGCAACGAGCGCUGCUGCAACCUCCACCAAGACGAGGGACGCGCUCGUGAAGGUUAUGAGAGAUAUCGAUGUAGAGAGGGACAAGCUGGCCAAGUGCCAGACUCUGGCCGAGUACCAGAAGCAGCAGGCUCUCCUGCAGAAGAUGAAGGAGGCCAACGCCCUGCGCGGCGACACCGACGUCGCCUUCAUGCUGGACUGCACCGGGAGCAUGUCCAGCUACAUCAAAGCCGCCAAGGAACAUAUCAAGGAUAUCGUCGACGAGAUCAGGAACAGGUACCGCUGCCAGGUCAGAGUGUCCUUCGUCGGCUACCGCGACCACUGUGACGGGCAACGGAGGAUCGAGACCCUGGACUUCAAGGAGGACGUCAAUGUUUUCAAGAUCUUCCUAGACGCGGUCGUUGCCGACGGCGGCGGGGACACCUGCGAAGACGUCUUUGGCGGACUGGAGGCUGCCAUCAACCUGUCCUGGUCGGGGAGAAACAAGUGCCUGAUACACAUUGGUGAUGCCCCGCCACACGGCGGUAGGUUCCACGACCUUGGCAGUGGUGCUGACGGUGAUUAUUCUCUUAACGAUUCUGACAGGCGCGGGUUGAGGAUCGAGGACCUCAUCCAGAAGAUCAAAGGCUUGGGAAUCGACUACACCUUCGGCAGGAUCAACAACUCCACGGACAAGAUGCUCAGGGUCUUCGAUGACCUGGGAGGAAGUGGGUUCUCCCGCUGCUCGGACUUGGCUGACGUCAAGAACUUUCCCUUCGUGGCCAUCGAGUCCAUCAGCGCCACCAUCGAGUGCAACUGGAAGGAUAUGUCCGGUGCGCUCCUACCCAAGCCGAAGUUUAGCAGAUACAGCGCCGUAACCGAUGUGUCCCAGAAGUCGCUGAAGUCGUUCCUAAUCGCUAAGUCGCAGCCGCGCUGGAACAAAGUCAAGACGCAACCAGUCAAGAUUACUCAGUGCGAAGUCUCCGACGGGAAUAAGCUCCGCCUGGCUUACAAGUACAGGUCGGCUUCGGUCAAAAUGUCACAGCACCCGUUCGCCGAGGGGAGCCAGAGGAUCUCCUACUUCGGGAUCGAGAUAGGCAACAGUUGGUUUUCCAAGUUGGAUUCGAAAGCAUCUGUCGUCCUGAAGACGUUCAAGUAUGUUUACGCGGACGAGGUGGGCGACGGCAGGGACGAUUUCAUAAACAUUGUGGAGUCUCAGGCCAUUGCGAACUACUUUGCCAAGGAGUUCAACAAAGUCAAACCAAGUGUUGCCAAGUCGAUACAUUUCCUGGAUGUGAAACUUGUUCAGGCGGAAGCUCAGGACGGCUCCCCUGUGUAUUACACUAUAGAGGACAUCUUCAAGGACUACGACUCCGAGUUCAAGAAGUUCAACAGCAACUUCGGCUUCGUCAACUCGGUGGACUUCACCUUGACUCUGAAUGCGUUCUCCCACUGGACUUACGACCACACCAAGCACUACCUGAUGGUGGUGGACCUGCAGGGGAUACUGGACAAGGAGCGCUACGUCCUGACCGACCCCGCCAUCCACUGCAAGGAGCUGAGGUUCGGCAGCACCAACUUGGGCAAGGUCGGCAUGGUGACGUUCUUCGAAGCCCACGAGUGCAACAAGGUGUGCGCCCUGAUGGGAUUGAAGAGCAACCGGUACAUGAAGGACGGCACGCCCAACCUGGACCUGGCCUCG